CCUGCUCAAAGAAUGCGUGUUGGUUGCAGUGCGCGCCAUUGGACGACUGCAGCUGCCGCCUUAUCUACCUUGGGUUUCGUUUCCUUUCUACCUUCCUCGUUAAUCCUGACGACAAGUGCUACGACUGCAACUACAGCUAUAGCCUUUACCCCACCCUUUGGCAUUCCGUAUCGCUGGCAGUACCACAACUCCCCGCCUGGAAAUAGUAUGAGUACGCAUGCACGUAGUGUGAGCACCACCGUCAGGGCCAGCAGUAGUGGUGCACCUGCUACCGAUAAAGACAGCAAGGCUUCGACGACUCCCUCGAUACUGCGUGACGUCCAAGCAGCGUUGGAAAACUCUUGGGUUCGUCAGCUUUCGCCCGAAACUGCCGAGAAUUUGAAAAAGUCACGGAAAGCGGAAGGGUUGCCCGAUACCGACGAUAAUCGUACCCGGCGUCCCGUCUUUAACGGUCAUUACGUCCCGGUCAAACCGACAGGGAUUGCCAAACCCCGUCUCGUAAUGUACAGUCCCGACAUGGCGGCACAAUUACAACUUACACCCGAACAGGUUGCAUCGCCAGACUUUGUCGAUUGGGUGUCCGGUAAUACAGUCUUGGGUGAAACUUGGGCGACACCGUACGCGCUCUCCAUUAUGGGGACUCGCUACACCAACAACUGUCCCUACGGAACGGGCAACGGCUACGGCGAUGGUCGCGCUAUAUCUAUAGGUGAAUUGCACGGUCUCGAACUUCAGCUCAAGGGUGGUGGCACCACGCCUUUUCAUCGCGGUGCUGAUGGCCGCGCCGUCUUGCGGUCCAGCAUUCGAGAAUUCCUCGCCAGCGAAGCCAUGCACUCGUUGAAUGUUUCGACUACCCGGGCAUUGUCGUUGGUCGUCAGUGAGCUCGACACGAUCUCGCGUCCUUGGUAUUCGGACAAUUCCGCCCAAUCCAAGGCUGAUCCCAAUAUUAUGGUCCGAGAAAAGACCGCCAUUACGUGUCGUGUAGCGACCAGUUUUCUCCGCGUCGGACACCUCGAUUUGUUUGCCCGUCGAGUAGAGCGCACCAGUAAAAACACCGACGGUACCUACGACACCUCCACGUUGGAGUGGAAGGAGUUGGAGGAUCUCGUUUGGCAUGCGUGCUAUCGUGAAUAUCGGCACGCUGCGUACGAACCCUUUCACGAAACACGUGAUAUUGCCGCGGCUGCUCACGUUUUGUUGAAACAGGCCGCCGACCGCAUUGCGGCCAUGGUCGCCGAUUGGGUCCGUGUUGGUUUCAUCCAAGGCAAUUUUAACGCGGACAAUUGCCUCGUGGGUGGUCGCACCAUGGAUUACGGUCCCUUCGGCUUUCUCGAGUACUACCAUCCCACGGCGGCCAAGUGGACCGGUAGUGGCGAGCAUUUUGGUUUUUUGAACCAACCGUCGGCUGGCUUUGCCAAUUUCAAAGUGUUGGCAGAAAGUGUGGUUCCCGUGAUUGCAGCCGCCCACGGUGAACCGUCGAGUAAGAUUCUAAAAAAUGUUUUGGAUGAUGCCGCCAAAGUAUUCCAAAACAAGGUAGACGAGACAUUUCGGAAAAAGCUGGGUUUUACUGUCGAGCAAGAUAUCGGCGAUGACGUUUGGGAAGCUUUGGAACCGUUGUUGCGACUUUCGCAAAUUGACUGGACCCUCUUUUUCCGACAAUUGACUAUGCUGCUAAAGGACUUUCCCGAUUUGUCUCCGUUCUAUGAACCAUUGACGCAACAGCUUCGUGCGCGGUGGUUAACAUGGAUAGAGCAGUGGAGAGUUGCACUUGAUGCGUGUGGAUCCGAUACCGAUACAAUUUUUGAACAGAUGCGAACGACCAACCCCAAGUUUGUGCUCCGCGAGUGGAUGCUAGUCGAUGCGUACACAAGGGCGGCUGCCGGCGAUGAAUCUGACAUGAGGAAGCUCUUUGAGCUGAUUCAGCGGCCGUACGACGAGGGAACAAAAGAUGAAAUAAAUCGAUUUUACCGACGAGCCUCGGAAGAAGCACUUACGACCGGUGGGACCGCCUUUAUGUCCUGAUCCAGUUAAGCGCAAAAAAUGGUGUGACUUACAUUGACUACACAAAUUUCUCAGUCCGUCACACAUGUCCUUGCGCGAAUAUAAAUGCAUUGAAAACAAAAAGAAGUUGCGCUUACACAGAUCAGAGUGAAUGAAAGCAAGAGGAAAAUCCAUGUCUAAAGCGAAGAAUGAAAGCCCUUGCUCGACCAACCUGAUAACAACUGUGCAAAUUAGCAACUGACAUAAAACGCAUCCUCCAUCUAACAUCUGAAACCGGCUCAAUUCUAU